CAUACAGUGCCUUUCUAAAUCAAUAAGAAUAGGAAAGGAAAGGAGAAGCAGGUCAUCAUCAUGGAAAAGUUUGGGACGCAGGGAUUCCUUUUUGUUUACAUCCAGAUCCUUUGAUUCCAGCUCGUACGCUGUGGGGCGGGCGGGAUCCACCCUCAUUCCUUCGAGUUUACGUCAUUGUUACUGUGUUUUUUGUGAAUGAAAGAAUCCAACCCCACCGAACAGAGUAAUUCCGGGAAAAGGCGGACUGACAUUUUGUCGCUUAACUUGCUUCGACUGAACACAAUAUUUGACGUUUCUCCGUGUUUUAAAGUAUUUAUUUAUACAAUUGUGUCGACAACUCAAAGACUGGCAGCUGGUACUCUCCAACGACAUAGCUAAGGACAACAAGCGAAUGCAGCUCGCUAGUUUUAGCCUACUCAAACACCCGACUCAGAGGGAGAUGCUAUGUUAGCUAGCUGGCUAUCCAACACUGGAACUCUUCCAAGUCAAGACCGUCUAUAAAUCUGUGUUUACUGGUGUCAGAGACACAGGAUAAAGCCAGAUCAUGACGUCAGAAAGAAGCAGCAAAGCCCUGAAGGUAAAGCGGGAGUGUGGUGAGAACGUUCCGGUGUUGUCGGACAGUGAGCUUAUGUCCCUGUCUGUACGGGAGCUCAACCUGCACCUGCGGGGUCUGUCCCGCGAAGAGGUCCAGAAGCUCAAGCAGCGCCGGCGCACCCUGAAGAACCGCGGCUACGCCGCCAGCUGCCGGGUGAAGCGCGUGUCCCAGCGCGAGGCCCUGGAGCAGCAGAAGAAGGAGCUCCAGAGGGAGGUGGAGAGGCUGGGGGUGGAGAACGCAGGGAUGAGGAGAGAGCUGGAGGGCCUGGGGGCCAGGCUGGCAGCCCUGCAGAGGUUCGCCCGUGGGUUAGAGUCUGGAGGGGGCAACCUCCUGGCUACGGCCCCACGCCUCAACACAGCCUCGGUCAUUACCAUAGUGAAGACCCCGCCACAGGCCCACGUCCAGAGAGAGCAGGGAGGGUCCUAGGAGGAACCGACCGGGCUGGGGAGGGACAAACGCACGUACAUACACUCUCAUAUACACACACACACAGGUAGACACAUGCACGCAUGAAGAGAGCGGGAGGAUUGGAGGAACACCGACAAAUGGGCACUUAUGAAACUCAUGCGCUUAGGAUGAUACACACACACACACACACAAACAUAAGGUGUUCACAGUCAGUGAUAAAUACUCUCUAAACCCAGCCAACCCACACUCAGACAGGCGUGGACUUGAGGAAACACGGCGGUUGACGAAUCCGACUAAAGCACGACAGACGUGCAAAACAGGGACACAGACACCAUCCGUCGACAAAGCCAGUCUUGCUGCUGGUGCUCUCUGAUACUGCUAUUCAACAGGCUGAGCCAGCUAGCGCUCUGCCUUCUAGCAUGGCAUCUAGCCCUGCUACACAAUGCCUGGGUUAAUCAGACUCUUCCGCAGCUUCUUCCAAUGCAAGCUUUGAGUUUUUAAAUGGCAUCGCAAUUGACAUCUGUACACGUCUUGGAGUGUUGUUCCUCUGUACUGUGUGUGUCGAUACUAUUGUGCUUCACUGUGCUGCCGUGUGUCGUGGCUACAUGGGUGUUUUCAACUGUACCACAGUGCACAUUUUGGUUUGCUAUAUAAAAAAAAAAACUCCAAUAACCAUCCUUUGCUUGUAUCUAGAUUCCCCAACUUGCAGAAGUUGGUCAUUGCUGGACACAGUGGGAAAAUCCACAUCUCGUAGAAUGCCAUGUCAAUGCGGAAAUCUAUUGAUGCAUUCCAUUAUGUUAUUUUGUAAUGUUUAUACAAGAGACAAAAAUGUUUGAGCAAACGUUUAUUCAGAGGUAUUCUAUUUUAUUUGUAUUUAAAGAAUAGAUAUUACAAAAGCUAAUGAGUGCUGUGAUGUAAUGUAUGUUUCAAAUACCUGGAUAUGACUAGUUUGGGGAAAUUCUCAAGUCUAAUUGUUGUACGGAGUGUGUGACGAUUAUUUUUGUAAUGUUUAACUGUCGUAAUGAGCUGUUUAGAUAUGCUAAAAGCUGAUGUUCAUGUUGCUGUAAGAUGAUUUUAGUAUGUAUGUACACCAUAUUUGUACUAAUUUCAUAGUGAGUCGAGUGGCUUGUUGUAGGAAUAUUAUUUUUCUAUAAAGUACCAAGGUGAUUCCGAU